CUCCCUCCCCUCUCUAACUCUGAUGCGCGCACUUCCGCUCUCCCGCCCGAACCUCCCCAAGUGACACCACCAAAAAUCACUUUCCUGAGAUAUAGGGAGUCUCAUCAUCCGUAAUAAUGUCUACACCCUCAAUAGCUCCCACACCUGCUCCACUGGUGCCCGCAUUGGCUGCCAAGCCAGCCAUCUCACCUUCGCCUGGUCCGGGCACACCUGGGUCGAUCACGUCCAAGGAAUGGGUAAUCCCACCCCGACCAAAACCAGGCAGGAAGCCGGCCACAGAUACGCCUCCUACAAAGCGCAAGGCCCAGAAUAGAGCCGCCCAGCGUGCCUUCAGAGAACGGCGAGCUGCUCGCGUUAAUGAGCUCGAGGAGCAAAUCAAGAAAAUCGAAGAUGAGCACGAAAUCCACAUUGCGGCAUUCAAGGAGCAGAUCACCAAUCUCUCUCGCGAGGUGGAGCAGUGUCGUUCCGAGAUGACCUGGUGGCGCGAUCGAUGCCAUGCGUUAGAGAAGGAGGUAUCGGUGGAAAGAAGCGCCAAGGAAGCUAUUGUGAAGGAGUUCCGAUCGUCUCUUUCGGACAGGAAUGCUGCAAGUUCCGACAAAGGACAUCUUCCUCUUGCCACAUCCACUCAAAACCCUUCCUCCGACCGUCCAAAGAGUGGUGAUGCGUCCAACAAUGACAGCGGGGAGGGUCGAGAGGAGGUACCGUUAGGCUGCAAUGAUUGCUCCACAUCGCACUGCCAGUGCAUUGAGGAUGCUUUCACUAUGCCGGGAGUUGUGGCUCAGGAACAGUCCAGACGUCUUGGUACUACCAAGCCUGGUCGUUCUGAGCCUGAGAUCAAGCCGGACCCGGAAGAGAUGGAAAUUGAUUUCACGUCCCGGUUCGCCGCCAUUCAACAACAGGAUCAUUCGCCGGCAUCCGUUUCGUCCCCUGCUGUUGAUCCCUGUGGGUUCUGUUCAGAUGGCACGCCGUGCAUUUGCGCGGAGAUGGCCGCUCAGGAGGAACAGCGUCUGCGAAGGAACUCGUUUGAGAAUAACCGACUUGCCCCUAUCCAAAAUCUGUCGCAGUUCACACCACCCCCUUCCGACGGCGACGUCCGCUCGGAAGUUACGCUGCCGCCCAUCAGCCAGGCUACAAAUCCCUGCGCAAACGGGCCUGGCACAUGCGCUCAGUGUCUCGCCGAUCCCCGGAGGACCCUUUUUUGCAAGACUCUGGCCGCCUCCCGGUCCCGAUCGCGUAACACCAAUGUCUCGCGAGGCGGGUCUGGUUCCAAUAACAAUUCGACAUCGGGAUCGUCGGCCGCACCAUCCUUGACUUUAUCUUGUGCCGACGCCUACACGACCCUCUCACGACAUCCUAAUUUCUCCCGGGCCACCGACGAGCUAUCAUCAUGGCUGCCCAAGCUUCAUACCUUGCCUAAACCUCGAGACUUUCCCUUAAAUGAUCGUGGGGUACCAAGGGCCGCUAUGGAAGUUGAGGCUGCGAGUGUGAUGGGCGUGUUGCGAUACUUUGACCGACGGUUUGCCGACAAAUAAUUUAUCCGCUUCUCUGGCUUGCAGAACUACUCUCGUUCUUUACUUUCUCUUCACUUUUUGAUGAUACCCAAACCGACUCGUGACAUGUCCGAGUUUGUAUUAUACACCUUUCCCCGCAACCCCCCGUUUUACUUUCUUACCUCCUUGAACUGGCGUCCGUUAUCUUACAAGAGCUUUUCUUAUGUUCUUUAUACUCCCUUAUCCUACUGGAAGAGGGCCAGCGACCAAUGACACUUGAGCCGCAUGGCUGCAGCCCCUGCCUUCAUUGAUGUUGGAUGCGACAGGUCGGGGGUUUACCAAAAAAAAGAGGCAACCAGAAAGAACGCGGUCUAGUCGAAGUAUCGCGAUGGGGAUAUCAAAAACCAAUUGGGUG